AUGCUUUUAGAGCAAUAUCCAUGGUCUAGUAAAGAAGACCAUCAAAGACGUUUUCAACACGCUUGGUUUAGCCUUUUUCCUUCAUGGCUAGAAUAUUUACCUUCAGAAGAUGACGCUUAUUGCUUACCAUGUUAUCUUUUUAUCCAAAGACUAAGUGGACGUCCUGGUUCCAAUGUCUUCAUUUCUACAGGUUUUAGAGGUUGGAAGAAAGUUAGAAAUGGAAAGAAUUCUGCAUUUCUUAAACACAUAGGGAAAGAUCCUUGUUCACCACAAAACAAUGUUAUGAAAGCUUGUCAAGACUUGUUGAACCAAGAUGGUUAUAUUAGGAAUAUUGUUCAAGCUCAAGGUUCAAUUGAAAUUGUGAAUAAUUGA